CGUCAUUUAGGUUUUCUAACUCAUUUACCCACCCUCGCUCCUCGCGAAAUCAGGUUCAGCUCCACUGCUCGGCAGACACCAUCUCCAUCCUUCGACUGCCAACACUGCAAUUGCUCAGAAAGCCGUAAAGAGUCAUGGGGGGAGGAGAGCAUGGACACGGAGGGGAAGCUCAUGGGGACUUUAGGAACAAGGUGUGGAGUAUGACUGGAGGUCCUAACUGUAGGCCGAAGCACUGGAAGCGCAACACUGCCAUUGCCAUGGUUGGCGUCUUCCUCAUCUGCAUCCCCAUCGCCAUGAAGUCCGCCGAGCUCGAGCAACGGCCUCAUCAUCCUGUCCGCCCAAUUCCGUCCCAGCUCUGGUGCAAGAAUUUUGGAAAAAAAGAGUACUAAAGCUGUCUGAUUUCAGCUGAAGAAAAACGCCAACUGGUUUUUUGGAAUUGUGCUGUUUGUCAAAGCAUUCUAUCUAUUCAUCACUGAUAAUUGGUAUCACCUUUCAGGACUUUCUGUGCUUAAUAUUUUCCAGGGUUUGAUUCUAUGAUCGCAUGUUUUGUAUGUUGUAGCUUUAAUAAAGUGUUACUGCUUCCCCUUGCUGGUAGAAAGAAAAGGGUCAAAGGGCGGCUGUCCUUGUGUCAGCAUAAAACUAUACAUGAUGGUAUUUAUUAGUGUAUAAAAGGGUUGAAUCUUGCUUGUCUGCAAGACCAGCUCUUACUGUA